AUGGCAGAAGAUCCCAUGAUGUUCAACAAAUAUGCGCAAAAUCACUACAACAAGAAAAGGGUUGCUAUUGGUGUCUGGAACAUUGAAAUUCAGUCACCCGAAAAAACCUCCUCCAAAAGAUUUUCUGCAGAAAAAUUCCUGAAACGGGUUGGGGCAAAGGUGGCAAGAGCCUUAAGUUUUGUGUCUUUGAAAAGAUCAUCGCGUAGUAAAGUAUCUUCGUCGAGCCUGGUGAGGUCGAGAUCAUAUGCAGAGAGUGCAUUAGCUCUCGAUUCUCAGAGAGCCGAAGCUGUUGAAGAUUGCAUUGAGUUCUUGAAUUCCUCUUCUUGUUUGCAGAAAUCCAAUUCUGUUUCUUGA